AUGUCACCGCUUCCCACUGGCAAAGACGCAAAGGAGCAGGCGCCAAUCGCACAGUCCUGGCACCACUACGAGCAAACGGCCGACUCUUGGAAGAUAGUCGCGAAUCAUGAUGUGAACGAUCCUCCAACGACCAUUCCUAUGGAUAUUGAGGCUAGUCCUCGCUUGGUUCUCGCCACGUGGAAUGUGAGGGCCAUUUCCCCCGAACCUGCCCGCCGCAUCAUCACAAUUCUCGAGCAUCUCAUCAACCACGCACCCUCACCAGAUAUCAUCUUCCUUCAGGAAGUAUCGAGAUCGAUGCUGAAUGCUUUAUUGACCAACGACAAGGUUCGCGAUGGAUGGUUUUCUAGCGAAAGAAACACAAGAAACUGGAUUGGCACUCCUCUGACAUCUUUCGCCACCAUGACUCUUCUCUCAAAGGCUAAAUUUGGCCACGUCGGUAGGGCAGCCCUCGUUGGUCUCGGACGGAUUUCGCGCAUCAAAUAUCGAUCAAUUUGGAGACGGGAUGCGUUGUGCAGCGAGGUUUUCAUACCAUCACGGCGACCAAGCACUCCAACAGGCGCAUACGAGCGACUACAGCUUGUGAAUGUGCAUCUAGACUCUCUACCUAGCGGGGCAUCAUGCCGCCAAACUCAACUCAAACUCAUCGGGUCGCUUUUGCACGAUGCCGGUCACGGGUUGGUAGCGGGAGACUUCAAUCCCGUCUCUCCUGAUACUGAUGCAGGUUUGGUAGAAGAGAAUGGCCUCCUCGACGCUUGGAAAGAGUUGAAAGGCGAGGAGCAUGGGUACACAUGGGGAGUCGACGGGACCGCACCGUUCCCUCCGAACCGGCUGGACAAGGUCGCAAUGGUGGGAUUGAGGCCAAUUCACAUUAACGUCUUGCAUCCAAUGCAGAUACUCUUGCCUGGUGAAGACAAUCCAACAUUGAGUCUGGGUCUCACCAUGGAGCAUCUUCCGAUUCCGCGCGACCCAAUACGCGGGCAUCCGGCCAUCCAGUUGGGCACCAAACAGUUUCACGAACCUGGAUCUUUCCUCGACUAUCCGAUGCAGCAUGGCGGCGUUCUCGAUGCGCAGUAUCCACAUGUUCCCACACAAGCUGAUGCCCUGCAAGGACGGUUCACAGCCGGAAUAUCGCACAUGCAGGUCAUCGACUACUACCAAGGCUGGUUGUUCUACUCUUUGAUCCAAGAGUUUCUGGGAAAUUUGUACCAAUGGCAGAAUUACACGUCUUGGAGUUACGAUGAUCAAGGAAAACUCAACACCAUUACCCUGUCGACUCGGACGUUGCAUGAGGACCUGGCAUCGUUGCGAGCAAGUGGUGCGCUCGCCUCUAUUCGACCCGGCGAUGAGCAGGAAAAGCAUCUCAAUGAAUGCUUGAAUCAAGCGUUUACGGCCUUUGACGAGAUCGAGUUGAGGUUCCCAGGCUUCCCGACGGCCUUUGCCGAAGAAACUUUGUGCCUGGCCAGCUUGGGUGAGACACUGGAUUCUGCGGUCCAGACUGCCCUUAUCCACGGACCAGUGGACAGUGAGUUACACACCCUGAUAUGCCAAGCGGAGCUCAGGGGCCGCCGGCACCGUCCAGAUAUUGGAGUGAAGGCUGAUGAGACCGCUCAUGUAGAAAUGAACAAGAGUAUACAGCACUUCCCAAAGUCGGCCAAACGCCCCUGGUUUUCCAAGGUCGCCCCUCUGCUGGAUUUGUCCACGGGAGAAGUUAAGCUUGCAAUGAUCAAGGCUGGAUGGUGCCCUGGUGAUAUUGCCAAGAUUAGCGACAGCUUUGACACUAUUGCCGCCUUCUACUACCUUAGCAAGUUCAAGGCGGAUCCGACCGUGGUGGACUUGCACAAAGAAUGCGACCAGUAUGGCUGCGGCCUCAGAAUACCGGCAGAGCCCAAGCACAUGAGUGAAGCUUGUGACUGUCCCGGAAUGGUUACAUUCGAUGAGGAAGAUCUCAUCAAGAUAUAUCAAAAGGGCAAUGUUCCUUGCUUUUGCAUUGGAAGGCUUGAGGACGGCAGCUUGGGGAUCGGUCUGACUUCCUGCAGCAUCGACGAGGAGUCCCAGAAAGAUCCCGACAAUCACUUCGUCGCGCUUUCUCAUGUAUGGUCAGAGGGUAUGGGCAAUCCGGCGGCCAACGCCUUACCCUUUUGCCAGCUGGCUUACGUGCAACACUGGGCCAUGAUGGCCUAUCAAGCUGUGGAGGAGAAGGAAGAAGAUGAUCCCAGGAGCGGCACCGGUAUCGUGAUCCAUACGAAGCCAAAAAUACGCCAGCUCAACAUUUGGAUUGAUACCAUGUGUUGUCCGGCGACUCCGGGAUACGGGAAGAAUCUCUGCCUUUCCAUGAUGCGUGAAAUCUACUCGAAUGCCUACGUUGUCAUGGUGAGAAGCGCGGUGCUCGAAGCUAUGGAACUCGGCGAUAUUGUACGGGAACCUGCCAAAGGGGUGAUGGACGUCGCCGCGCAGGUUUAUCUGUCUCCCUACAUGCGCAGGAUGUGGACCUUGCAAGAAGCCGUUUUAGCAGGAGCCUCCAGGGCUCGAGGUAUCGGCGACCGUCUCUGCCUCUCUUUCGCCGAUGGCAUCCUCACACUCGAGUCAAUCAUCAUCCUCCUGAAGCAAGCACCACCUCAAGAGGCCUUAUUAGCAUACCGCUUCAUGGCAGAGUUCCGCGACCUUAGCACUCACAUGUGGCAGUUUGGGGACGACGAUGACGGCAAGCCGAUGAAGCACAACCUAAAGGGGUUUGACUUCUUCAUGAACAUGCUUACUGUCGCUCUAAAGUACCGCAACGUCACGGUCGCGUCCGACGAAGUAAUUUGCCUGGCCACGCUGCUCAAUCUCCGCAUCAACAGCACAAGAGGGGUCGUGCCGCUGAUUGGUCAGGGAGAAACUCCCGAGGAGGGCAUGUGUGAAUUGUGGCGGAGGCUCCAGGCACUCGGAGGCAGUUUGCCAUCCGACCUCAUUUUCUCGUGCGUCCCGCGUGUCCAGGAACCGGGAUUUCGCUGGGCCCCCGGCACCCUUGUCCAGUACGCAAAGCACGGCAGUCUCUAUGUUUCUCAUUCCAGUGCGUAUCCGACUGAAAUCACCGACAAGGGUUUGCAUGUGAGGCUUCCCGGGGCGCGACUCACAAGUCUGAUUGCCGCUCCUGAUAUCAUUGGGAGGAUGUUACCCAAGGUAUCAAUGAAAGACGAAAAGUUCGAUAAGACGUCACAACCGGAGCAGGAGAAUACACCACCUUCGGUCUUCAUGAUAAAGCUACAAGCGGAUGACGACAGGUGGUUUGCUGUUAGAGUCCACGGGGACGAAGAUGACGCCCAACAAUCCGGGUCGGUUCAAGCAGAAUCACGCUCAAAUCUUGGUCAAAAGAGAAAUCUGCUGCAGCUCUUCAGGGGUGACUCUACAGCGCUGGUUUACCAAAAUGUUAACAUCACCGGGCCAGGUCUACUCGUUUCCAUUGUCACACCGCCUUCAGACCUGAGUGCUCUCGAGGUCCUGAGUCUGAACCCGGAGCCCUUACAGGCCAGAAGCGCGUUUCCGGUGAAGAUUGUACCACUGAGCGGCGGCGCCUGUGUCAUUGCCGAGGCAGCUAGCAGCUGUGUUGAGAAACUGAAUCAUGCUUUGGGGGCUAGAGCGAGACAGCAAGGAGGAGGGGAGGAUAUCGUUAGCACUGUCUGGGAGAAUGCCGGUCUCAUUGCUGAGCUGUUCUGGCAAACAGCCGAGAGACUUGUAGGAGAGUCCAGCGCCUUGAGGGAAGCUUUGUAUUUCGAGGUGUUGUCUGGGAAAGCUUUUGCCACUUUUGAGGCUGCAGUCGAGCUGUUCACGCAAUAUGUGCGCAAGGUGGCUUAUUUUGGCGGAGGUAUGAGGUGUGAGACCUAUCCGGAGGACCAAGACUGGUAUGUGGAUUGA